UGCUACCUGACACUCUUCUAUUAUAUAUCAUCCUUCCAAACACUCUCUCUCUCUCUCUCUCUCUCUCUCUCUCUCUCUCCACCACCCCGCCUCUCCUUCCUCUCCCAUGGUUUCACUGUUCCAACCAUGCCCUCCCUGCCCAACUUCCACUUCUUCCUCUCAAGAGUUUUCGGGUUAUUCAUUCACAAGAGUUCCUCGAACAGCGACAGCGACAACAACAAUAGCCACAGCAACAACAGCAACGAUGACAACCCUAUUUCCACCUCCGUCGAAUGCUACGCUUGCACCCAAGUGGGCGCGCCGGUGUUCCACUCCACCAGCUGCGACCGAGCCCACCAGCCCGAGUGGGAGGCAUCGGCCGGCUCGUACCUAGCCCCCAUCCGGAACCGACCCGACGCCAAAACCCCGACCCGGAAACAGGAGAACGCCAGGGGCCCGCCCUCAGGGCCGUUCGGGCGGGUGCUUGACCCGCGCAGCAAGCGCGUGCAGCUGUGGAACCGGGCUUUCCUGCUGGCGCGUGGGAUGGCCCUGGCGGUGGACCCGCUGUUCUUCUACGCGCUGUCCAUAGGGCGGGGUGGGGCCCCGUGUCUCUACAUGGACGGUGGAUUGGCGGCCAUCGUGACGGUUCUCCGCACUUGCGUGGACGCCGUACACCUUUGCCACCUGUGGCUCCAAUUCCGGCUGGCGUACGUGUCUAGGGAGUCGCUAGUGGUCGGCUGCGGGAAGCUCGUGUGGGACCCGCGUGCCAUCGCCUCCCACUACGUGCGCUCCCUCAAGGGCUUCUGGUUCGACGCCUUCGUCAUUCUACCAGUGCCUCAGGCUGUAUUUUGGUUAGUAGUACCGAAACUGAUAAGAGAAGAUAAGAUUAAAGUGAUAAUGACAAUACUUCUAUUGAUUUUCUUGUUCCAAUUCCUCCCCAAAGUCUACCACAGCAUUUCCUUGAUGAGAAGAAUGCAAAAAGUCACAGGUUAUGUCUUUGGCACCAUUUGGUGGGGUUUUGGCCUUAAUCUCAUUGCCUACCUCAUUGCAUCUCACGUAGCCGGAGGAUGCUGGUAUGUCCUUGCAAUACAGCGUGUGGCAUCAUGCCUCCGGCAACAGUGUGACGGAAGGAAAAACUGCAGUACUCUGUCCUUGUCUUGCUCGGAGGAGAUUUGUUACCAGUUCCAGUUGCCUACAGGCAUGGUAGGAGAUCCAUGUGGUGGUAACUCAACAAUGGUCAGAAAGCCACUGUGCUUAGAUGUCAAUGGGCCAUUCAGUUAUGGCAUCUACAAGUGGGCUCUUCCGGUCAUUUCUAGCAAUUCACUGGCUGUUAAGAUCCUAUAUCCCAUAUUUUGGGGCUUAAUGACACUCAGCACCUUCGGCAACGAUCUUGAGCCUACAAGUCACUGGCUAGAAGUGAUUUUCAGCAUAAUCACUGUGCUUAGCGGACUGAUGCUCUUCACUCUGUUGAUAGGGAACAUCCAGGUGUUCUUGCAUUCUGUCAUGGCAAAGAAGAGAAAAAUGCAGCUGAGAUGUCGAGAUAUGGAAUGGUGGAUGAGGCGGAGACAGCUCCCAUCUCGGCUGAGACAGAGAGUUCGCCAUUUUGAACGCCAAAAAUGGGCAACCAUGGGAGGAGAAGAUGAGAUGGAAAUGAUCAAAGACCUUCCCCAAGGGCUUCGAAGGGACAUUAAGCGCCAUCUUUGCCUAGACCUCAUAAAGAAGGUCCCUCUGUUCCACAACUUGGAUGAUCUUAUUCUUGACAACAUCUGUGAUCGGGUGACGCCUCUUGUCUUCUCUAAAGACGAAAAGAUAAUCAGGGAAGGAGAUCCUGUAUUAAGGAUAAUGUUCAUCGUUCGUGGACGUGUAAAACGUACCCAAAGCCUGAGCAAAGGCAUGGUGGCCACAAGUGUGCUCGAACCCGGAGGCUUCUUAGGGGAUGAGCUCCUCUCCUAUUGCCUUCGCCGCCCAUUUAUAGACAGGCUUCCAGCCUCAUCGGCAACAUUUAUUUGCGUUGAAUCUACAGAAGCGUUUGGGCUCGACGCCGAUCACCUGAGAUACAUCACCGAUCACUUCCGCUACAAAUUUGCCAAUGAAAGACUGAAGCGAACUGCAAGAUACUACUCGUCUAAUUGGCGAACAUGGGCUUCUGUCAUUAUACAGUUAGCUUGGCGCAGGAACAGGAUGAGGACUAGGGGUCCAAUGAUUCCUGUCGCCACUGAAAAUGGAGGCCCUGACCGGAGGCUCCGGCAGUAUGCUGCCAUGUUCAUGUCAAUAAGGCCACACGACCAUCUGGAAUAAAAUCAUUUUCUGUA